AUGACCAGCUCCACGCGUGAUAGUGGUGAGAGCGCUCCUGUCGAACAUUCGAGUCGGCUCAUGCUACUCCCCGGCGAGCUACGCAACCUGGUUUACACCCAUCUCUUCGCCGCCACACGACUCAGCUUCGGUGAAAGAAUUCUUUCUCGACUCACGUUCAUCACAGUCAAGCCCGCUCCAAAUUCGCUGGCAAUCCUUCGUGCUUGCAGAUUGACCUAUGAAGAAACGACGGGGCUAUGGCUCGGCCAGGUCAUACUUUCCUUCGAAACCGUGGAAGGCAUGCUGGACAAACUCUCUCCCUUGCCUCCAGCGACGCAAGGACUGAUUCAGUACGGCACAGGAUGGCAGAAACUACGCUUCCUCGCCCCGGAUUCUGAUAUGCUCGCUUUCGCCAAGAUCGACAUGUUCAUGGCCGACCCAUACUGGCGUAAGCCACAGCCUAAGAUCUGGAAUCACAUGACCGCCCAUUGCGAUGGAGAGGCUUCGGGUGUUGGGAAGACACUUCCCGAUGGAUGCUCCCAGGAAUUGUUUGGCGUGAAUGCCGACGCAGAGCUCCUCCGUGAAGAAGAGGUGGAAAAUGAGCUCCUGGUAAUGGUGUGUCGAGGUCGGGGCGCCGAUAUUCAGAGCGCUCUUUCACCUCCUCCGGGGUAUGAUAUCCGCGAAUGGGCUGGUACGAUGACUUGGUCCGGAAUCAAGCGCCAGUGCCGGUUCGGAGCUUCAGAUGACGUUGAUGACGAUGAUGGGUUUUUGUUCGAAGAUCCCCCGGAAGAGUUUCUGAUCGAUUCAUAUGUUGAUGUCAACAAGUACGUGCACUUUCGCAUCAAGUACCCCGAUGGAACACUGAGUUGACCUCCCCGCACGCACUUUGGAUUUCACACUUUGCGUCUCUUUCUGUACGCUUGACUUGCUGUAUGUAUGAGUUAAU